AUGAGAAACGACUAUGCAGACUUAAAGAAAGAAGCAGAAAAGCCAGCAGAAGAUAAAAUGGACAUGUUAGCAUUUCUGAACAAAAACUAUCCAACUGCUGACGAUUUCCUAUUAUCUGACGUCAAGAAGAAGUAUAAAGAAACCUUCGGCAUAGUUAAAACAUUCGAUGUACUAAAAGAAGAAAUAGAAGCUACAAAACUGUUUAAAGUCAUGAACCAUCGCAACAUAUACCAUGUAAAACGCUUGUAA